CACGCGCGUUCACUGCAGCUAUCUUUCCAAUAGUUUAAAAUGAUGUGAUGGGAUUAUAGUAACGGUCACAAAGUCUUUCAGCAUUCAAAUGAUCAUAUUAUGUUUCCUACUUUUGCUCGGUACUACCUGGGCAGAGUUCCUACCGAAUGGGUGUCCGUCUAACUUCGGCAUCCAUUACCUGCUGCCGCACGAGACCGACUGCGGCCUCUUCUACUCAUGCAGUAAUGGACAGAAGAUAUUAAUGCCAUGUGGACCCGGCACACUCUUUGACGUUAAUUUACAGGUUUGCAAUCAUGCGGUCCUAGUGAACUGCGACAGAUAUUCGACAACGACUACAACAACAACCACCGCAGCACAAACAAAGACAACCGCUGAACCAACGUCAACCGCAGCACCAACGAUAACCACACCAACUGCACCACCAGCGGCAACGGCAAACACAGAACCAACGAGAACCACUACCGCAGCACCAACAACAAUAUCAGUGGAUCCAGAUUGUCCCCUAGGCGAGCAGGUCUUGAGACCACACGAAACCGAGUGCGGACUCUACUAUGAAUGCAACGACGGAACGAAAACGCUGCAAUAUUGCCCAAAUGGAAAAUAUUUUGACGAAAUUGUUCAGGGCUGCGAUUGGCCUGAAAAUGUGAACUGUACAAGUAGUCAAGAGAAUAAGGAAUCUAGCGAAGACGCUGAUUUGCUACCGAACGGAUGCCCUGCCGAUUUCCACGUGCAUAAACUCCUGCCUCACGAAUAUGACUGCACGAAGUUUUACUAUUGCAACUUUGGUGUCAAAGUCGAAAGAGAGUGUAGCGGAGGCACACAUUUUAAUGCGAAGUUGCAAGUAUGCGAUUGGCCAUGGAACGCGGGUUGUGAAAAUGGUAGCAAUGAAGGCGGCGAAGUAAACACCAGUACAGAAACAGAAGAAAUAAGAGAAAGUAAUGAGUCUGGUGAAAAAUUGGAAAGUGGCGAGGCCGACAUACAACUUUUGCCUAACGGGUGUCCGUCUGAUUUCAGCAUACAUAAGCUACUGCCACAUGAAAGUGAUUGUUCAAAAUUCUAUUAUUGUAAUUACGGCGAGAAAGUUGAAAGAGAUUGCGGACCUGGUACCUACUUUGACGUGGUAUUGCAGGUUUGCAAUUGGCCUUAUGCUGUUAACUGUACACUGGUGGAAACUACAACUCGAAGAGAAGAAACAUCUACGCAAGAAUCAACGGAAAAUAUUAGUACGACGGUGGGUGACGGUGCUACCAUGGUAACGACAGUCGAGCAACAUACAACUGAUAAUAUUAAAACAACAACUACCUAUUCCACAACAGAUUCAACAAAUACAGAGAAAGAAAAUGAGUCUACAACAGUGAGCAGUGAAACAACUGACGAAAUUACAACAAUCAGCAAUGAUGUAACUACAAGCACAGAAACAACACAAUCUUCGAGUACAAUAACCGAAAUAUCUACACCUGAUGUAGAUACCACCACAGCUAAUACGAAUGCAGAAUUAACAACAGAAGAAGACCUUGCAUAUUCAAGAACAACUCCAGCGCCUAUCGAAAGUACAACAAGAGGCCUUCUGGAAUCAACUCACAUAGAAUAUCAAACAACAGAUGUAUAUACAACAAGUGAAACAACAACUGCUAAGAAUGAUUUGACAACAACUGAAAAAGAAAGUACUGAAACUUUAAUAACUACGACUGAAUUGCAUUCUACUGAAAAGCUGCAAACUACAACAAUCUCAACAACAGAAGAAAAUGGAACGAAACCGUCAUAUUACACUACAACGACUGAAGCGACUACAUUGCGUACAGAUACACCAACAACUAAACACCCUGACACAGAAUUCACAACAGAGAAUGAACAACCCACUUUCCCAGAUAUAACUACUGAAUUAUCAGAUACUAAUAGGACCACAACGCAAAGUCCUUAUACAGCUUCAACAACCGAAAUAAAAGAAACAACAUACCCAGAUAUAACGACAGAAGUGCAUACAUCGGGAACUGAUAGUACCACAACGCAAAGUCUUAACACAGAUUCAACAACUGAAAGAGAACUAACGACGUCACCAGAUAUGUCAACUGAAAGUGUAGAUAGGAGCACAACGCAAAGUUCUAGCACAUAUUCAACUACCGAAAGAGAUAUAACGAUGUCUUCUGAUAUAACAACAGAAAGUAUAGAUAGGAGCACAACGCAAAGUUCUAACACAGAUUCAACGACCGAAAGAGAACUAACAAUUUCUCCAGAUGUAACAACAGAAAGCAUAGAUAAGAGCACAACGCAAAGUUCUAAUACAGACUCAACGACCGAAAGAGAACAAACAACGUCUCCAGAUAUGACAACAGAAAGCAUAGAUAGGAGCACAACGCAAAGUUCUAACACAGAUCCAACGACCGAAAGAGAACUAACGACGUCCCCAGAUGUAACAACAGAAAGCAUAGAUAAGACCACAACGCAAAGUCCUAACACUGAUUUAACAACUGAAAUAGAUCAAACAGCAUUCCCAGAUAUAACAACAAACGUGUAUACAUCGGGCACAGAUAGGACUACGACGCAAAGUCCAUAUACAGAUUCAACGACCGAAAGGGAACAAACGACAUCUCCAGAUGUGACAACAGAAAGCAUAGAUAGGAGCACAACGCAAAGUUCUAACACAGAUUCAAUGACCGAAAGUGAACUAACGACGUCUCCAGAUGUAACUACAGAAAGCAUAGAUAGGAGCACAACGCAAAGUUCUAACACAGAUCCAACGACCGAAAGAGAACUAGCGACAUCCCCAGAUGUAACAACAGAAAGCAUAGAUAGGAGCACAACGCAAAGUUCUGGCACAGAUUCAACAACCGAAAGAGAACUAACGAUGUCUCCAGAUGUAACAACAGAAAGCAUAGAUAGCACAACGCAAAGUUUUAAUACAUAUCCAUCGACCGAAAGAGAACUAACAACAUCUCCAGAUAUGACAACAGAAAGCACAGAAAGGAGCACAACGCAAAGUUCUAACACAGAUUCAACGACCGAAAGAGAACUAACGAUGUCUCCAGAUGUAACAACAGAAAGCAUAGAUAGCACAACGCAAAGUUUUAAUACAGAUCCAUCGACCGAAAGAGAACUAACAACAUCUCCAGAUAUGACAACAGAAAGCACAGAAAGGAGCACAACGCAAAGUUUUAAUACAGAUUCAACGACCGAAAGAGAACAAACGACGUCUCCAGAUGUGACAACAGAAAGCAUAGAUAGGAGCACGACGCAAAUUUCUAACACAGAUUCAACGACCGAAAGAGAACUAACGACGUCUCCAGAUGUGACAACAGAAAGCAUAGAUAGGAGCACAACCCCAAGUUCUAACACAGAUCCAACGACCGAAAGAGAACUAACGACGUCCCCAGAUGUAACAACAGAAAGCAUAGAUAAGACCACAACGCAAAGUCCUAACACUGAUUUAACAACUGAAAUAGAUCAAACAGCUUUCCCAGAUAUAACAACCAAAGUGUAUACAUCGGGCACAGAUAGGACUACGACGCAAAGUCAAUACACAGAUUCAACGACCGAAAGGGAACAAACGACAUCUCCAAAUGUGACAACAGAAAGCAUAGAUAGGAGCACAACGCAAAGUUCUAACACAGAUUCAAUGACCGAAAGUGAGCUAUCGACGUCUCCAGAUGUGACCACAGAAAGCAUAGAUAGGAGCACAACGCAAAGUUCUAACACAGAUUCAAUGACCGAAAGUGAACUAACGACGUCUCCAGAUGUGACAACAGAAAGCAUAGAUAGGAGCACAACCCAAAGUUCUAACACAGAUCCAACGACCGAAAGAGAACUAAUGACGUCCCCAGAUGUAACAACAGAAAGCAUAGAUAGGAGCACAACGCAAAGUUCUAACACAGAUUCAAUGACCGAAAGUGAACUAACGACGUCUCUAGAUGUAACUACAGAAAGCAUAGAUAGGAGCACAACGCAAAGUUCUGACACAGAUUCAACAACCGAAAGAGAACAAACGACGUCUCCAGAUGUGACAACAGAAAGUAUAGAUAGCACAACGCAAAGUUUUAACACAGAUCCAACGACCGAAAGAGAACUAACGACUUCCCCAGAUGUAACAACAGAAAGCAUAGAUAAGACCACAACGCAAAGUCCUAACACUGAUUUAACAACUGAAAUAGAUGAAACAGCAUUCCCAGAUAUAACAACAAAAGUGUAUACAUCGGGCACAGAUAGGACUACGACGCAAAGUCCAUACACAGAUUCAACGACCGAAAGGGAACAAACGACAUCUCCAAAUGUGACAACAGAAAGCAUAGAUAGGAGCACAACGCAAAGUUCUAACACAGAUUCAAUGACCGAAAGUGAGCUAACGACGUCUCCAGAUGUGACCACAGAAAGCAUAGAUAGGAGCACAACGCAAAGUUCUAACACAGAUUCAACGACCGAAAGAGAACUACCAACGUCUCCAGAUGUAACAACAGAAAGCAUAGAUAGGACCACAACGCAAAGUUCUAACACAGAUUCAACGCCCGAAAGUGAACUAACGACGUAUCCAGAUGUAACAACAGAAAGCAUAGAUAGGAGCACAACGCAAAGUUCUAACACAGAUUCAAUGACCGAAAGUGAACUAACGACGUCUCUAGAUGUAACUACAGAAAGCAUAGAUAGGAGCACAACGCAAAGUUCUGACACAGAUUCAACAACCGAAAGAGAACAAACGACGUCUCCAGAUGUGACAACAGAAAGUAUAGAUAGCACAACGCAAAGUUUUAACACAGAUCCAACGACCGAAAGAGAACUAACGACUUCCCCAGAUGUAACAACAGAAAGCAUAGAUAAGACCACAACGCAAAGUCCUAACACUGAUUUAACAACUGAAAUAGAUGAAACAGCAUUCCCAGAUAUAACAACAAAAGUGUAUACAUCGGGCACAGAUAGGACUACGACGCAAAGUCCAUACACAGAUUCAACGACCGAAAGGGAACAAACGACAUCUCCAGAUGUGACAACAGAAAGCAUAGAUAGGAGCACAACGCAAAGUUCUAACAUAGAUUCAAUGACCGAAAGUGAACUAACGACGUCUCCAGAUGUAACUACAGAAAGCAUAGAUAGGAGCACAACGCAAAGUUCUAACACAGAUCCAACCACCGAAAGAGAACUAGCGACGUCCCCAGAUGUAACAACAGAAAGCAUAGAUAGGAGCACAACGCAAAGUUCUGACACAGAUUCAACGACCGAAAGAGAACUAACGAUGUCUCCAGAUGUAACAACAACAAGCAUAGAUAGCACAACGCAAAGUUUUAAUACAGAUCCAUCGACCGAAAGAGAACUAACGACUUCCCCAGAUGUAACAACAGAAAGCAUAGAUAAGACCACAACGCAAAGUCCUAACACUGAUUUAACAACUGAAAUAGAUGAAACAGCAUUCCCAGAUAUAACAACAAAAGUGUAUACAUCGGGCACAGAUAGGACUACGACGCAAAGUCCAUACACAGAUUCAACGACCGAAAGGGAACAAACGACAUCUCCAGAUGUGACAACAGAAAGCAUAGAUAGGAGCACAACGCAAAGUUCUAACACAGAUUCAAUGACCCAAAGUGAACUAACAACGUCUCCAGAUGUAACAACAGAAAGCAUAGAUAGGAGCACAACGCAAAGUUCUGACACAGAUUCAACGACCGAAAGAGAACUAACGAUGUCUCCAGAUGUAACAACAACAAGCAUAGAUAGCACAACGCAAAGUUUUAAUACAGAUCCAUCGACCGAAAGAGAACUAACAACAUCUCCAGAUAUGACAACAGAAAGCACAGAAAGGAGCACAACGCAAAGUUCUAACACAGAUUCAACGACCGAAAGAGAACAAACGACGUCUCCAGAUGUGACAACAGAAAGUAUAGAUAGGAGCACAACGCAAAGUUCCAACACCUAUUCAACUACCGAAAGAGAACUAACAACCUCUCCAGAUGUAACAACAGAAAGCAUAGAUAAGAGCACAACGCAAAGUUCUAAUACAGACUCAACGACCGAAAGAGAACAAACGACGUCUCCAGAUGUGACAACAGAAAGCAUAGAUAGGAGCACAACGCAAAGUUCUAACACAGAUCCAACGACCGAAAGAGAACUAACGACGUCCCCAGAUGUAACAACAGAAAGCAUAGAAAAGACCACAACGCAAAGUCCUAACACUGAUUUAACAACUGAAAUAGAUGAAACAGCAUUCCCAGAUAUAACAACAAAAGUGUAUACAUCGGGCACAGAUAGGACUACGACGCAAAGUCCAUACACAGAUUCAACGACCGAAAGGGAACAAACGAUAUCUCCAGAUGUGACAACAGAAAGCAUAGAUAGGAGCACAACGCAAAGUUCUAACACAGAUUCAAUGACCGAAAGUGAACUAACGACGUCUCCAAAUGUAACUACAGAAAGCAUAGAUAGGAGCACAACGCAAAGUUCUAACACAGAUCCAACGACCGAAAGAGAACUAGCGACGUCCCCAGAUGUAACAACAGAAAGCAUAGAUAGGAGCACAACGCAAAGUUCUGGCACAGAUUCAACAACCGAAAGAGAACAAACGACGUCUCCAGAUGUGACCACAGAAAGCAUAGAUAGGAGCACAGCGCAAAGUUCUAACACCGAUUCAACUACCGAAAGAGAACUAAUAACCUCUCCAGAUGUAACAACAGAAAGCAUAGAUAGGAGCACAACGCAAAGUUCUAACACAGAUUCAAUGACCGAAAGUGAACUUACGACGUCUCCAGAUGUAACUACAGAAAGUAUAGAUAGGAGCACAACGCAAAGUUCUAAUACCUUUUCAACUACCGAAAGAGAACUAACAACCUCUCCAGAUGUAACAACAGAAAGCAUAGAUACGAGCACAACGCAUAGUUCUAACACAGAUUCGAUGACCGAAAGUGAACUAACGACAUCUCCAGAUGUAACUACAGAAAGCAUAGAUAGGAGCACAACGCACAGUUCUAACACAGAUUCAACGACUGAAAGAGAACAAACGACGUCUCCAGAUGUAACUACAGAAAGCAUAGAUAGGAGCACAACGCAAAGUUCUAACACAGAUUCAAUGACCGAAAAAGAACUAACGAUGUCUCCAGAUAAAACAACAGAAAGCAUAGAUAGCACAACGCAAAGUUUUAAUACAGAUCCAACAACCGAAAGAGAACUAACAUCUCCAGAUAUGGCAACAGAAAGCACAGAAAGGACAGAAAGGAGCACAACGCAAAGUUCUAACACAGAUUCAGUGACCGAAAGUGAACUAACGACGUCUCCAGAUGUAACUACAGAAAGCAUAGAUAGGACCACAACGCAUAGUCCUUACACAGAUUCAACAACCGCAAAAGAACAGACUACGGCCCCAGAUAUAACAACAGUAGUGUAUACAACGGGCUCAGAUAGGACCACGACGCAAAGUCCUCACACAGUUGUUACAACCGAAAGGGAACAAACAACAUCCCAAGGUAUAACGACACAAGUGUAUACAUCGGGAACAGAUAAGACCACAAUGGAAAGUCCUAGUACAGAUUCAAUCACCGAUAUAGAAUGGGGUACAGACAAGACCACAACGCAAAGUCCUUACACAGAUUCAACAGCCAAACAAGAACAAACUACAUCUCCAGAUGUAACAACACAAGUGUAUACAUCAGGCACAGAUAGGACCACAACACAUAGUCCUAGCACUGAAAUAGAACAAACAACAUACCCAGAUAUAACGACUGAAGUGUAUACAUCAGGAACAGAUAAGACCACAACCCAAAGUCCUAGCACAGAUUCAACUACCGAAAUAGAAUGGGGUACCGAGAAGACCACAACGCAAAGUCCUUACACAGAUUCAACAGCCGAACAAGAACAAACUACACCCCCAGAUGUAACAACACAGGUGUAUACAUCAGGCACAGAUAGGACCACAACGCAUAGUAGUCCUAGCACUGAAAUAGAACAAACAACAUCCCCAGACAUAACGACUGAAGUGUAUCCAUGUGGAACAGAUAAGACCACAACGAAAAGUCCUAGCACAGAUUCAACAACCGAAAUAGAAUGGGAUGCAGAAAAGACCACAUCGCGAAGUCCUGACACAGAUUCAACGACCGAAAGAGAACUAACAACGUCUCCAGAUGAAACAACAGAAAGCAUAGAUAGGACCACAACGCAAAGUCCUAACACUUAUUCAACAACUGAAAUAGAUCAAACAGCAUUCCCAGAUAUAAAAACAGAAGUGUAUACAACGGGCUCAGAUAGAACCACGAUGCAAAGUCCACACACAGUUCCAACAACCGAAAGGGAACAAACAACAUCUCAAGGUAUAACGACAGAAUUGUAUACAUCGGGGACAGAUAAGACCACAAUGCAAAGUUCUAGCACAGAUUCAACCACCGAAAUAGAAUGGGAUUCAGAGAAGACCACAACGCGAAGUACUUACACAGAUUCAACAGCCGAACCAGAACAAACUACAUCCCCAGGUGUAACAACACAAGUGUAUACAUCAGGCACAGAUAGGACCACAACACAUAGUCCUAGCACUGAAAUAGAACAAACAGCAUCCCCAGAUAUAACGACUGAAGUGUAUACAUGGGGAACAGAUAAGACUACAACGCAAAGUCCUAGCACAGAUUCCACAACCGAAAUAGAAUGGGAUACACAAAAGACUACAACGCGAAGUCCUGACACAGACGCAACGACCGAAAAAGAAGAAACUACAGCCUCAGAUACAACAACAGAUGCGUAUACAACGGCUACAGAUAGGACCACUACGAAAAAUCCUUACACAGAUUCAACAACCGAAAGCGAGCAAACAACAUCCCAAGAUACAACCACAGAAGUGUGUACAUCGGGAACAGAUGAGAUCACAACCGAAAUAGAAUGGGGUACAGAAAAAACCACAAUAGGAAGUCCUAACAUAGAUUUAACGACCAAAAAAGAACAAACAACAGCUGUAGAUAUAACAACAGACGUGUACACAUCGGGCACUGAUAGGACCACAACGAAAAUUCCCGACACUGAUCAUACAACCGAAAUAGAACAAACAACAUCUCCAGAUAUAACCGAAGUAUACAGUACAAAAAGUGAUACAGACUCAACGUUUACAGAGACUAUGAUAACAGACGGAUAUAGCCGUACAACUCAAUCAGAUUAUACUACUCAUAGAUAUUCUGAAACUACUGCGGCUGACAAGGAUUCAACAUCCACAGGCUACACAGAUUCUCCUAGCACCGAAGAGUGCUCAAGCGAUAAGACAAAUUGUUACACUGAUCCUGGUAGCACAAGUUCAACAAAUUCUGCUUUAACAACUGAUUCUAAAACAACAUUUUUAACUACCGAAAACGGAGAUAUUUUAUCAACGGAGAUAACAUCCACAACGUUAAGAGGAACUACGCUUAUAGCAACGGAUAUGACAAACGGCCCAGAUUGUACAACUGAUUUAGAUGAGAAACCUUCGUCGACCUCAACUCCUGAAAUUACAACGCCAGCUAUAUGCUCUCCGGAUGAUUUUGGAAAUAUACCUCAUCCAGAGCUAUGUGAUUCCUAUUACAUGUGUCUUGGUGGUAUAGCAAUUCAACUGUAUUGUCCUACCGGUGAAGAAUUUGAUCCAUAUUCAGGGCAAUGCACGGAAAUAUCUGACAAUGGUUGUUUCGCCAAUAUUCAUCAAACAACUUAUUCUACAACUACUGUUGGUGAGACUGAAGAGACAACAAGUGAAAAAAUGGAAACAAACAGCACACCAGAAAACAAUUAUGAUAAAACUGAUUCAACAGUCACAAUUAUGACUCAACCAACAACUUUACAGGAAACAACACAAGAUCAUACUACAAGUGAUUAUCUAUCAACUUCCGAUUUUGAUAUAACGCAGACGACAGAAAAAGUAUUUACCACUACAUAUGCAGCAACAACAACACAAUCUCAUGAAAAGUCAACAAUAACGACUGCCAAUACCGAGUCUAGCACUGAUGUCCAUAGUACAGCAUCACCGAUAGAUGCAUCAACGGUUACUGCUGAAACAACUACACCAUCUGUAUGUCCACCACGAUUCUUUGGAAAUAUAGCAAAUCCAGAUACAUGCAAUUCCUAUUAUAUGUGUCUUGAUGGUGUGGCAAUUCAUUUAUACUGUCCUAUCGAGGAGGAAUUUAGUCCAGAUACGGGGCAAUGUGAAGUGAUUUCAGAAAAUGGUUGCUAUGCUUCUAGAUACUCCACAACGCCGUUAAGUACAGAGACUGACAACAUGGUCUCUACUCAAACAACAGUAGACGAUGAAGGAGGCAAAAAUACUGACUUACCAGAAUCAUCGACAAGCUAUUAUCACACAACAGAAAAUUUAAGCCCAACAGAAACCACAACUGGUGAAACGAGCUCAAAAGUUACCACUGAAUCAAAUGUUACUGACGAUAGCACUAUAGAAAUGACUUCAGAAUCGUCGAGUACGAUUACUUCCCACGGCCCUACAACUGAUGGAAACAUAACAAUAACAACGGUAAAUGUUGAUAUAACCAACACUACAAUGACCACGAACAGACCUUCAGAAUCUACAACAGUGUCUUCUAAUACAGAUAUAACCACCGAUAAUAAUAUAGUAACAACAGAGAAACACCCGACAGACCAAAUACAUACAACUACUACAUCAAUAACUGAUAUACCCACAAAAUUCACAACAAUAUCUUCCGAAACAGAUGUUACAACUGAUAAGAACACAAUCACCACGGACAUUUAUACAACGGCCGAAGAUACGACGAAAGUAAGUACAUCUGGAACUAAUGUUCCUUCUGAAUAUACGUCAUUACCUACUGAAGUAGAUAUUUCCACUGAUAAAAACGGGGUAACUACGGAUGUAAUAACCACCGACGAAGUUGAUGCGACAACAUUAGUGCCGGAUACUUCAACUAAGUUACCAACUGUAUCUACUGAAACAGAUGUCACAACUAAUAAAAACAUAAUGACAACGAACGUCUUCACUACUAACAAGGUAGAUAACAAUGAAGUUACGACAACAGAAACAUAUAUACCUACAACAUUACCAACUAUGUCUAAUGUGACAAGUGACAGAAACACUAUAACGACGGACACUCUUUCAACUGGUGAAGUAGAUAUUACAAAAAUUACUACAGCAGGCACUACGGAGGAAACGACCGAAGUAUACAGUACAACAACGUCGGAUAAAGUGACAACCGAUAAUAAUAUUAUAUUAACGACGGAAAGUCUCACGACUGAUGACACUUAUACGUCUAAAACAACGGAAAGGGCUACGGAAUAUCCAUCACCUGACGUAACAAAAGGGAUCACGACAGAAGGAGAAAACCUGACAUCAGAUGUUAUAUCUGAAGUAGCAACUUCCACUUUGAAAAGCACACCUGCAUACGAUAACACCGAUCCUAUCGUAACUACGUUACCUACUGAGGUAACCACAUUAAGUAAUAGUGAAGGGACAACCCACAUCUCUAUUGAAACAACUACUCCUUCAAUUUGUCCGUCAGAUUUCUUUGGGAAUAUUCCUCACCCAGAAGAUUGCGAUGCAUACUAUAAAUGUUUAGGUGGUGAAGCUUUUCCUCUUCAUUGUCCACCUGGCGAAGAGUUUGAUCUAAAUACUAAGGAAUGCGAGAUUAUUUCGGAUAACGGCUGCUUUGCUACAAGAGAUCCUACAACGCAUUUAUCGACAGACUCAGGAACAGAAAGUACACCUUACCCAACCACGUCAGAGUAUACUAGUUCACAAACUUCAACUGAUGAUGACCAAGGCGAAUCUAGCGAAUCACUUCAGACCACACCACCAUCUCUUUGCCCAACACAAAAAGCAGAUAUAACAUUGACAUCAACUGAAGCGACAACCCAGGUAUCUACCGAAACAACGACGCCUUCAAUUUGUCCGUCAGAUUUCUUUGGGAAUAUUCCUCACCCAGAAGAUUGCACUGCAUACUAUAAAUGUUUAGGCGGUCAAGCCUUUCCUCUUCAUUGCCCACCUGGCGAAGAGUUUGAUCUGAACACUAAGGAAUGCGAGAUUAUUUCUGACAACGGUUGCUUCGCUACUAGAGAUUCUUCGACACAUUUAUCGACAGACCCAGAGGAAGAGAAUACAACUUAUAGCCCAACUACACUGGAAACUAGCUCUCAAACUUUACCUGAUGAAAACCAGAGUAAAACUAGUCAUAUAACUCCUACGGAAGUAACGUCUGAAGCUUUAAAAGAAGUGACAACCGAUAGUAAUGUAAAUACAACGGAAGUUCCUACGACAGACGAAGUAGAUACGACAUCAUCAUCUACUGAGACUGGGGAGGUCCAAAUUACAACAGAAAAUUCGAAAAAUACUUUAAAUUAUGAAAAUACUGAAAAAGUUUUCUCUACAACAGCCACAGAUCAAACGACAGUUGAUAGUGAAACAACUACAGUUGGAACGACAACUCAACCAUCUAUUGAAACUACUGUACCAUCACUCUGUCCAUUAGACUUCUUUGGAAAUAUAGCUCAUCCAGAAAGAUGUGAUGCAUACUACAUGUGCCUCGGUGGAAAUCCUUUCGAGCUGUAUUGUCCACCAGGCGAAGAAUUUUCACCAAGUGUUGGGAAUUGCGAAGCAAUAUCUGAAAAUGGAUGCUCUGCAAGAAUUGCCGAAAUCAGUACCAAGUUGAACACAGAGAACAAAGACUUAGUGUCAUCAACAGAUAACCCCUAUACUCAAGAAGUGGUAGCUGAAGUCGAGACUACUUCAGAAGUCGAUCAAAGUACAACCACAAUGAUGCCCGCCGAAACCACAACGGAGCUAAUCUGUCCAGCUGACUUCUUCGGGAACGUUGCUCAUCCCCAAGCCUGUGAUACUUACUAUAUGUGUCUAGGCGGAGUGCCCUUGGUCCUAUACUGUCCGCCCGGUGAAGAAUUUGAUGCAAAUAUUGGGGGAUGUGCACUAAUCACAGAAGGUGGUUGCAGUUCCAAAAAGUCUAACGCGCAACAUAGGGAAACCAGACAAACCGAAAAGGUUAAUUCAGAAAUUAUUAAACUUCAAGAUGGUUCCGCACAAAAGAUUGAAGAAUCGCAAUGUCAGCAUAAAUCUGUUGAACUUCAUCCUGAAAAAUGCGACGUUUUCUUCAUCUGCUUGGGAGGAUCUCUGAAAGAAUUCUACUGUCCUACAGGAUAUGAAUUUGAUCCUGUUAUUAAGGAAUGUGUUCAUAUUUCGCAAAAUGGCUGUACUGCAACAAAAAGGGCAGAGUAGGAGAAUUGGGACCUUUGCAGCGACAUCGGACAUCGACUUAUUAUGAAGGAUAUUGAAUAAGAAAAAAUUACCAGUGAAGUAGUUGUGUUAGAUAAACAGUUUAUAAGUGCGGUUUUUAACUCUAAAUUUAUGAAUGGAGGAAAAUGUUUGUCUCCUAGUUACAAUAAUUCUUAUUUGUAAAUUUCCAUUUUCUUAUUAACAAUAUUCAUAUUUGUACAAAGCAACAUACU